AUGGACUUCGCCGGCCUCAAGACGGACACCGAUCUGAGCGACACAGAACGUCGGCUUGACGAGUCCGAGGUUCGUGAACACCCCGUUUUCGAGUACGUUCGGUCGUUGUUUAGGACGUCGCUCUCCGACGACUGGCCGCGCUUCAAGCUUCAUAUAAACGACGGAGAGAGCUCCAAGUCGCACGCUUACCUCGUGGGGAAGCCUACCUUUUGUCCUCCCGAAUUAUUGGGUCGUGGCACGCGUGGCUACGUCGCAUACGAGUGCGAGACAGGUCGUUUCGUGUGGCUCAAGGACGUGUGGCGCGCGUCGUAUAUGCUCACCAAGACUGAGGGCGAGGUUCUUCGGAAGCUCAACGCUGCUGGCGUGCCACACGUGCCCACUCUCGUCUGCGACGGUGACGUGCGCGAUCAGGCUACGAUCACCGCCGACUGGCGCCGCGCAAAAUCUCUUCCGGACGGGAUCCUCCGACAACACAGACACCAUCGCAUCGUUGUGGAGGAGGUGUGCAUGCCACUGGAUAAGUUUCGAUACGGCCGUCAGCUCAUCGCUGUUGUUUAUGACUGCCUGCCACACCACCAAGCGGCUACAAAUUCGGAGACCCGCAUUCUACACUGCGACAUCAGCGGGGGUAAUAUUCUGAUAUACCCAAAAAUUGUACGGGUUCCUGAGGGACAAAUACCUACAGUUGUUUGGACAGGUGUCCUGACCGACUGGGAGCUGUCGAGACCAUUGGACUCCCGCAUGAGUCGACUCACGACAAAGCGCAAUCAGGGAACCUAUCAGUUCAUGUCAGUGAGCCUGCUCACGCGCAUCACCAAGCCCGUGGAAAUCUGCGACGAGCUGGAGUCAUUCUUCCACGUCCUUGUCUACUACGCCGUGCACUAC